AUGAACGCAACACCACGAUUCCGUUCUGGGUAUCCAGAAACCCCCAGAACUGUACAAAGAUCGCACAGCCAACGGACGCCGGACACAGCGAAGCUACCUCUAGCACCCGAGAACACAGCAGCUGAUACUGGCCCCAGCCAGCCAUGGAUACCGCUGCACCUAAUCGACGCGCCGACCCAGCGCUUCUGGGUGUUUGCGAUAUAUGGUAUCCUUCAAGCCUUUAAGCUAUGGGACUGGAAGACUGUGGCAGAUGAGGGUGUUGGCUCAUGGGGAAUGUUCCUCAAGUGGAUUAUACUCGACUUUGCCUACGUCUUCCUCGUCCCCGAGCUCAGGAUACCAUGGCUCGACAUCUCGCAGAUUGCGACUAUUUAUAUUUACCUGCUCCAUUUGUUAUUCGACUGGUUUGCAAUGUUCUUGAUUCCGAUACCCAUCAUCUCAGGGCUUUUAGGUAUUGUUAGGAGCCUGUACGAUAGCGAGAUCUCCGUGUCGGAACACAACGUCAAAGUCGCCAGCAUUUUGAGCAACCAGUCACACAUUAGGGGCAAGGUCACCCUCAACAUCUUACCAGAGGGAUCCGCCGUCAUGAACCCGGACCACGCGCCCAUGUGUGUCUCUUCGAAAUCGUCCGUCGCCAUUCCUAUCGUCUUCAACGCUACGAUACCUGCCGAGAUCGAAAUCAUUCGGAUUGACCUGGAUACAGCGCAGGAUGAGAUUAUCAAGAUCCCCAAUCGCGAGGUGAACAAGCUCGCCAAGCUCGUGCGCAACCAGAACGCCGACCCAAAUAGUGAUGGCUUCCGCUGGGACUACUCGCCAAAGAAGCCUGGCAUUUAUCGCCUGGGCAAGGUACUGGAUCAGCACAAGCUGCAAGUCCAACGGCAGACGCUGGAUACGUAUGUGGUACCUUGCCCGCAGGCCCGGAUCAUUGGGGGGAAAAGUGAGGAGCGAUGCAUCCAGGACCUGUCGGACCUCACUCUCGAAGUCACGGGCACCCCGCCUCUCAAGAUCCAUUACAGCCGAACCAUCAACGGACAAAACCAGGCCUUCCACUUCCAGAGUCUGCAGCCCGAGGCCUACUCUUCAGCAAUGGUCGUUGGGUCAGAGUCUGACAACGAGCGAGACGUGUCUUGGGUACGCCCUAGUACGGUGCCGGUUCGUCUCAACGAGUCCAUGGCGUCUGCUGGAGAAUGGGAAUAUGUCAUUGACGAGGUCCACGAUAAAUUUGGCAAUGCGGUAUACUAUGGGAAACCUGGAGAAGAUGCCAAGUCGACGUGGCUUCAGCCACUGGCUCAGCGAUUCACUGUCAAGGAACGGCCCAAGGUGUCCAUGCAGGGAUGCGACUUGCGCAAUCCACUCAAGGUUGCCAAAGGACACUCGGCCACGCUGCCCGUCGCGCUCAGCUUACCGGCGAAGAAUGGGGUCUCCGAUACGUCGCACGAGGUCACUUGGGCCUUCUCUCCGAUCGACUCCCUGACCAACAGCGGAAGCCAUGGCGAUCUCGUCACCAUUGGGAGCUUCACAGGCAAGAACAGCAAAGAGAGACCCAGGGUCAACCAGCCGGGCUUGUACACCCUCAAAUCGGUCACCAGCGGCAUGUGUGAGGGCCAGGUCGAGGAACCGUCGUCUUGCCUGAUUUUGAACCCAGUUGAGCCAUCUCUGACCUUGCGUACCGAAGAGAUUGCAGACAAAUGCGCCAGCAACUCCAUCGGUUUGCGGGUUGACCUCGACUUCCUUGGCACGCCGCCUUUCCUGGUCCGUUACGAGUACACCUACACGGACAAGGAUGGAGUCACUCAUCAAACCGAAGCCCAGGCUCACAGGUCUGAUGGCGUCAGGUCGCAGCUGAGUCUGGUUCCGAAGGUCGCAGGUCAUUACACAUACACUUUCAAGUCGAUUGAUGAUGGUGUCUAUGUGCGGAAGCCCUUGUCAGGACCGGAAAUGACAAUCGAGCAGGUGGUGAAGCCUGCAGCAUCUGCGAGGUUCCUGGGUACGAAGAGCCGCCAAGUCUGCCUAGAUGCCCAAGUCGAGACAGAGGUCGAGUUCAUUGGUGACCCGCCGUUCACGCUGGAAUGGGAAAUUGAGCACGAGGGCAAGAGGAAGACACACCGCCUGAAUGGCAUCCAGCAGAGAAGAUUCGCCAUCCAGACGCCGCCUCUCACGAAAGGUGGAGAGUACAACAUUGCGCUCAUCAGCACGCAAGACGUGCGUGGCUGCCGCAGCUUCCUCACGGAGCAAAUCAAGGUUCUGGUCCGCCGGCAGCAGCCGCGCGCAGCCUUCGGUCUGGUUGAUGCCAAGCGUAGCCGGAUGGAGGUUGAGGGCACACGCGUGCGCCUACCCCUGCGACUCCAAGGCGAGGGCCCCUGGACCGUCCAGUACCGCAACCUCAACAGUUCGAGCGAGCCUGUGAGAGACAGGAUCGAGAGCGCCAAUGGCGCAUUGCUGGUGCAGCAAAGCGGGACCUGGGAGAUCCAGGAGGUCUCUGAUAUUCAGUGCCCCGGUAUCGUGGACCCGGCGGCGUCGCGGUUCGACAUUCAGUGGUACCCCCGGCCGCAGCUGAGCCUGGUAGGGUCCGACAGUCUGAACUACAAGGCCGGAAACACUUGGACCAAGGCGGACAUUUGUGAGGGUGACAUUGACGGGUUCGAGCUAAAUCUUCAGGGCUCCUCUCCCUUCAACGUCGACUACGAGAUCAGACACAAGCCAAUCUCCGGAUCCAGCUCCAUGAGCCGCAAGAACUUUGACGCCGCCCUCAGCAAGGCCGCCAUCUCCAUGGACACGGGCAAAGCUGGCGACUACACGUACAAGUUCCACAGUCUUGCGGAUAAGAACUACAAUGACAAGUCGCCCAACCCGCUCAUUGUCGAGCAGCACAUCAACGCGCGCCCGACGGCGACCUUUGCGAAGCCUGGCCAGACAUUCAAGCUCUGCGCGGAAGAGCAGGAGCACGAGGAGACUAUUCCGAUCAAACUGGCAGGCCACCCUCCCUUCUUUGUGGAGAUGGAGGUCAAGCACCAGGCUGGUGCCGCCCCGGACAUUUUUGCCCUGCCGGCGAUUAACACCAAGACCCACGGCAUCACCAUCCCGCGGCAGCACCUCCGCCAGGGCAGCCAGCAGAUCCGCAUCCGUCGUGUCCGCGACGGCCACGGCUGCAGCCAGAAGUACGAGAAUAACAGCCCUUCAGUCGUGGUGCACCUGUACGACCCCCCAUCCAUCUACCCUCUGGAUACCCGGCAAGACUACUGCGUGGGCGAGCGCAUCGCAUACACGCUGUCAGGCACACCGCCGUUUGAUAUUUCCUACGAGUUCAACGGCAAGUGGAACGCCAAGUCGCAGACGACGUCGUUCCGGCGCGUGGCCGAGAAGCCAGGCGACUUUGUGAUCACGGGUGUCUCGGACAAGGCGUCCGAGUGCCGGGCGGCGGUGCACAUUCCCAAGACGAUCCACCCGCUGCCCAGCGUGCAAAUCAGCCAGGGCCGCAUGUCGCACGUGGACAUUCACGAGGGCGGCGAGGUUGACAUUCACUUUGACUUUUGGGGCACGCCGCCGUUUGAGUUUACGUUUACGCGCAGCUCGAACCCGAGGAAGGGGCAGCGGAGUGUGGUGCUCGAGACGAGGCAUGACGUAUCGUAUGAGCAUAAGAAGAUCAUCAAGGCGAGUCAGGAGGGUACGUACGAGGUUGUCGCCAUCAAGGACAAGUACUGCUCCUUUUCCACGCAGCAGUUGGUGAAAAAGGAUGGACGGUGA